GAUCAUCCGAAAGCCGGGUGCAUUGCGGAUAGAACGAGUGGCAGCCUACGAUGCCAGGAUACUCUGUCAAGCUACAAGGAGGCAGAGCUGAUCCUAAAUACCUGUGUACGAGUUGUGGCUUGUUACUGCGUGAUUCAAAACAAACACCAUGUGGACACCGGUACUGUCGGUCAUGUGUGGAGGAUCUUAUAAGGAGCUGGGGAGGAAAAUGCAAAGCACGGAAUUGUGGAGAAGUGGUUCAAGCUCAGGACGUGUAUCCAGACAAAGCUAUAGAACGGGAAAUCCUAGGCCUGGCGAUUUUCUGCAGCAAUGUCGAAGAUGGCUGUAAAUGGGAGGGCAUUGUUCGCAAUCUCAUGGAACAUUUAUCAGAAUGUGGCUACGAAAAGAUCACAUGUAUCAACGCCGGCCAAGGCUGUAAGGCGACCAUAUGCAGGAAGAACCUGGCCAACCAUCUACAGUCGGACUGUGAAUAUAGACCUGUAACGUGUCAAUGGUGUGAUGAGACAACUCCUCAUAAAGAACUGAAGACCCACAAACAGACAUGCCCAGCAGCACCAGUACGGUGUGACUGGUGCAAUAAGAAAGGUCUGACAAGGGCUCAACUUCGGGAGCAUCAACAGCCGGAGACAGGAGACUGCCCCAACAUGAAGAUAACAUGCAGCUUCGAACCAAUGGGGUGCAAGGAAAAGAUGGAGAAGAAGCACUUCCCUGAGCACUUGAAGAAGACGGUCCAGCAUCAUUUGAGCAUGACCAACACAUACCUUCUUUGCUUAGCUACAAAUGUCGACCAACACCGGCAAAAAGAGGAAGAAUCACGCGAAAAUAUGCGGAUCCUGCUUCUACGACUAGAAAAGGGCAUCCAAGAUGCUGACGCCAAAAUUGCUACCAUUGAAGGUAAGUUGUCAAGCGAGCAACCAUCAGGAGGAUCAACGUCAGGCGGCAACAAAACACUAGAAAACCGGGUUGAGCAGGAACGUGCGAGGGUGGAAGAACUGAGGAGGAAAAUAGCUGCAUGGGAGACAAGGGUCGGCACGUUUGAAGGGAUCGUCGCCGUUCUGAACCGUGAGAUCGAGAAGUGCAGCUCCCAGAUGGAGGCGUACGAACGACAACGUCGUCAGGACAGGGAGAUCAUCGAGACUCUGGAGAGGAAGGUCAGGUCUCUGGAAAGGAUCAUCGCUCUGAAGGACGUUGCCCUCGCGGAACAAGACCUCCGGAUCCAGACGUUAGAACUGACCAGCUAUGACGGCAUCCUGACAUGGAAGAUCGCAGACUUCACACGUAAGCGCCACGACGCCAUCACGGGGAAGACAGCAAGUUUCUACUCGCCAUGUUUCUUCACCAGCCGUACAGGGUACAAAAUGUGCGCCCGGAUCUACAUGAACGGAGACGGGAUGGGCAAGGGUACUCAUGUCAGCCUGUUCUUCGUAGUCAUGAGGGGGCACUACGAUGGGCUGCUGCGCUGGCCAUUCAGACAAAAGGUAACUUUCAUGUUGGUGGACCAGAACAACCGAGAAAAUGUAACGGACGCGUUCCGUCCUGACCCGACCAGCUCGUCCUUCCAGCGGCCCACCAGUGACAUGAACAUCGCCAGUGGAUGUCCGCUCUUCGUGCCGCUCAGUCAGCUCGACAGCAGCAGCCAUGGUUACGUCAGAGAUGACACCAUGUAUCUCAAGAUCAUCGUGGAUACUUCGGACCUUUAACUUUAAGAAAAGCACUACAGGUGUAGUAAGAUCCAAAGAGAAAACUCUGAUGUAAAACUUUUGUAAUGCGCGGUUGUCUUCAAUAAAAGCUUCCAUAAGACUUA